AUGUCAUAUUCUACCGACUUACCGCCGGUCACUCUCCUCUUGCAGGAGGUCCAGACGGUGACUUCAGCCAUGAGGCGAAACCAGCGGUGGGCAUCGACUUCAUCCUCCUCCUACGCUUCCUCCUCUUCACCUUCACUCCGAUCACAUAGGCUGGGAAGACAAGGAUCAGUCAGAAGUGGGAGUAGGCGAGGUGCGAGGGGCAGUGAAGGAGGUGUGGACGAAGGUGAUCUGAUGGAUGGGUUCGUAGAGCUCAGAAGGACAUUAAGCGGUGUGAAGGACAUUACCGCUCUCUCGCCCCUUGACAUAUGCGCUCCGUUCCUAGCAUUGAUACGAUCCCCAUUGACAUCCGGACCUAUCACCUCCCUAUCUCUCUCAUCACUCAAUUCAAUAAUCUUAUCGAUCAUUCCACUCUACCUCACACCAUCUUCACUGGAAAUCACACCAUUGACACCAUUACAGCUCACACUAACACAUAUUACCUCGGCCUUGUCCCAAUGUCGAUUUCCUUCAUCUUCCCCUCAGCAGGACGAACUGGUAUUAAUCAAGUUACUCAAAGUGAUCGAUUCUCUCAUUGCUCCCAUACCCGUGCCGACUACUACAGAGGGUCUGAAGGGUAUAGGAAAUAUGUUGGAUCAUAUGGGUGAUGAGAGCGUUUGCGAGUUGUUGGAAGUUGGUUUAGGGAUGUUAGCGAGAUCGAGAUUAGGUGAAGGUGUGAGGAACUCCGCUCAAGCUUCGGUACAAGGCAUAACUCGAGUAUGCUUCGUCAGGCUGAAAGUCCUCAGACCGGAGGACGUGGAAAGGCUCUUGGGUGCAAAUGAAGGUGUACAGCCCAAGAAGGUCAUCAACGAAGAAAGUCAGGAACAGGUCAAUGAGGAGAAAGCUGCUGCUGAAGAGAAAGAUCAGGUCGAUGGUGGACCGCAGAAGGAGAAGGAGACUGUGCAAAAUCGAGAAGGCGAUGAACUGAAACAAGAGGAAAAGAAGACUAUCGAGGAGAAGAGGGAACCAGUCGAGCCUACACCUUCGCUAUUCACCCCUUAUGGUUUACCAACCAUCCUGGAACUUCUCCGAGUGCUCAUAGCUCUGCUCAACCCCAACGACCAGGCUCAUACGGACUCUAUGAGAUUAUCAGCGUUAGCUAUACUGAAUACCGCGUUGGAAGUUGGCGGAUCCAGUCUGGGCAAUUGGCCUGAGUUGAGGGAAGGCGUAAGGGACGAAGGCUGUCGAUACCUCUUCCAGCUUACCCGCUCUGAUUCACCAUCCCUUCUCGCCCAAUCCCUUCGUACCACCUCAACUCUCUUCUCGACCCUUUUACCUCAAUUGAAGCUGCAACUCGAGCUAUUUCUCUCGUAUCUCAUUGAUCGACUUACCCCUCCCAACCCUUCGCCUAUCCCUCCUCAUCUCUUAGGUCGAUCAGACCCUCCUUCCCGACCUGGUACACCUAGUCUUGCUGGUGGCUCAACAGACGGUCGUGCGACUCCAGUCAACGGAGAAAAACCUCCUAUAGAUUCCCCCGCACCCUCGGCUACUCCUCGACCUCUCAGCUUACUCCCACCUGUUCCGAACGAAACAAAAGAACUCAUGCUUGAUACACUCACCCAAAUCGCUCUCCGACCAAGUUUCAUGGUAGACUGUUGGGUGAAUUUCGACUGUUCGACGGAGAGUGAAGAUAUAUUUGAGAGACUCAUGACGUUCCUGACUCGAGGUGUUUAUCCUUCGGGACCACCUAAAGGUGAUGGAUCGACCAAUUUGUUCGACGGAUUGGAUAAUACGCAACUUCUCUCUUUAGAAAUCUUACUAUCAUUUGUCAGUUCUAUGGCAGAAAGAUUAGACGGUUCAGAAGAACCUUGGUCACCUGAUUAUACGGGAUAUGAACUUCUCACUGAACAGAAAUCGAGAAAAGGAGUAUUAUUAACUGGUGCUUCGUUAUUUAAUCAAAAGCCCAAGACUGGUUUGGCAUUCUUAGAGAAAGAAGGUAUUAUCUCCCCUCAGGCCGGUGGUGAAGGAACAGAAGAGGAUAAGAAGAACCUCGCAAUCGCAAGAUUUUUAAGAAGUUCAAGUAGAUUGGACAAGAAAUUGGUUGGAGAAUAUAUAAGUAGACCAGAUCAGUUGGGGUUGUUAAAAGCUUUCAUCGGUCUGUUCGAUUUCAAAGGGAAAUCGAUAGCGGAUGCGAUGCGAGAAUUACUGGAAACUUUCAGAUUGCCUGGUGAAGCUCAGCCGAUAGCUAGAAUAACGGAAACUUUCGCAGAACAUUUCUUCUCCUUCGAACCUGCCGAGAUCGUCGAUCAGGAUGCUGUUUAUGUGCUUGCUUAUUCGGUUAUCAUGCUCAAUACCGAUUUACAUAAUCCCCAGAAUAGAAAACGAAUGACUAUCGAGGAUUAUAAGAAAAAUCUGCGAGGCGUAAAUGGAGGAAAAGAUUUCGAUCCUGAAUAUCUCGCAUCAAUCCAUGAAUCAAUCAAGAAGAGGGAGAUUAUCUUGCCCGAAGAGCAUGCUGGACAACAUGGAUUCGAAUAUGCGUGGAAGAGCUUGAUGCAGAGGUCCAGGACUGCCGGACCUAUGAUUAUCUGCAACACUGCGGUCUUCGAUGAAGCUAUGUUCAAGCUGUCUUGGCGACCACUUAUUUCCUCCUUCGCAUACGCCUUUACGACCUCUGCUCAAGAUGAGCACGUCAUACAAAAAGCCAUAACGGGCUUCCGCCAAUGUGCUUCUCUAGCAGGACAUUUCAGGCUUCUCGAGGUAUUCGAUACUAUUGUCCAAUCGCUAUCUAGUGCGACAGGAUUACUCGAUGAGACUGAAGAUGGCUAUCAGAUGUCCAACUAUCCCUCAGUAGAGAAAGAAGGACAGACAUUGACUGUUUCGCCACUAUCGAUCCGUUUCGGUCAAUCAUACCGUUCGCAACUAGCUACCGUUGUGCUAUUUACUAUUGCGAAUGGGAACGGAUCAGCGAUUAGAGAAGGAUGGUUGUCAAUAUUCGAGAUGUUCCAGACACUGUUUCUGCAUCAAUUGUUACCUACCCCGAUGUUACAGAUGGAAGAUUUCUUAGCUGGUACCACGACUAUACCGAUGAAAGCUUCCGCACCUACACCUCAACCUGAACGAAGACCUGAAGGAGGUCUGCUAUCGACCUUGUCAAGUUACCUGUUGAGUCCGUAUGGUCAGAGUAACGAGGUGCUAGUGAUGGAGACAUCGGAUGAGGAUGUGGAGAAUACGCUAGUAGCGGUCGAUUGUCUGUCCAGCUGUAAAUUAGAAGAAUUGUAUGCUGAGAUAUUAGCGCUCAACGUCGAGGCCCUCUUACCUGCCUUACGAGCUAUUCGAUUCUUAGCGGAAUCACGUACGACCGCCAAACUCCAGGCUAGAUCUGAAGUACGGGGCGAGACUGGUUCACCGGUAUUGGUGAGAUUCGAAGGUCAAUUACCUUACGAUCCAGCUUGUGUAUUCCAUUUGGAGAUGAUGGUUAGUCUAGCGAGUAGGAGUAAAGAGAAUAUCGCGGAGACUUGGCCAAUCAUUUUCGAGUAUAUCUCUUCACUGCUCUCUUCGGCUCAGUCGUACAGUGUUCUGCUCAUCGAGCGAGCUGUCGUGGGAUUAUUACGAUUAUGCUUGAUCGUCUCUGAAAAUCCUGAACUCCGAGAUCAGCUGUACAUCGCACUUGACGUACUUCGAUCACUUCCCUCAACUGUACUCAACUCCGUAUCCGAACAAUUGAUGGCGGGAGUAGCAAGGAUUCUAGAGAAAGAUAAGAGCGUGGUAUCUUCCCAGACAGAAUGGAAUUUGGUUAUUGCGUUAUUCAGAGCGACCGUAGCUCAUCCGGAAGCCAGUAAAGUGACUCUACAAAUCGUUCAAAAGAUGGCUUCCUCCUCGGGGUCGUCUGGUGCAGGAGAGUCUGGACCUGGAUUAACAAACGAUAAUUAUUCUGGAACUGUUGCCCUCCUGGAUGAAUUUGCUACUGCUGCUGGAGCGGCGGCUGCGAAUAGAUCACAACAGAAUAGAAGGAGUGCCUCCCAUCAGAAUCAAAAUACUAGCUUAGGUCCAACGGUCGAAAGAGGUUUGACUGCUUUGGACUCGUUAUAUGAAUUGAGGAAUGUGAUUCCUGGUUUGAUAGCUAAGAGUGGAUUGGGUGAACAUGAAGCAUUCAAUACAUUCUGGCUUCCACCAUUGUUGGUGAUAGGCAAACAAUGUAUAAACGGCUGUUCACAAAUCCGCCAACGAGCUAUAGCAUAUCUUCAAAGAUUAUUAUUAUCAACUCAAUUACUUUCAAGUAACAUUUCAUCCGGAAUCCUCUUAAUCAUAUUCGAUAAGAUCCUUUUCCCCGUAUUAGACGAAUUACUCAAAUCUUCUCAAACGGCUCAAAGCCAAACUCAGUAUAGGGAAAUGGCCGAAACUCGCUUAAAAGCUUGUACGUUGCUUUGUAAGAUAUUCUUACAGUAUGUGAUCAAGUUGGUAGAAUAUGGUAAUCCCAAGGUCGUCGAGGGAUUGUGGGUGGGCGUGUUGGAUAAGUUGGAGAGGUUCAUGAGAGGAGAGAGGGAUUUGAUGAACGAAGCUUCCGAAUCGCUCAAGAACGUCGUCCUAGUUAUGCAUUCCUCAAACUUGCUCGUACCUCCCUCAGCUCCCGGUACGGAAGAUACACGUACACCUGAACAAAGAGAAUUAUGGGAUAAGAGUGUAGAAAGAAUAGAAAGAGUCUUACCUGGUUUCCUCAAUGAGGCUAUUCCCCCUCCACCACCUGCGCCAGCGCCAGUGUUACAAACACAACAGCCAAGCGAGGGACAGGCGUGA